CUCACUAUACUUAUUGUGGUGCACAGUACUUUGGGUCAAAUCUGGGCCGCGCCGGAUCUCGGACGUCAAUUCCCCGAGAACUCGACCCAUAACUUCAUAACUUGGCACUUUUGAAGAUUUGAUAUAUAUUUCGAGAGACAGCUCUCUUGUGGUACUCACGACCAGAUAAAUACCGUGAGAUGAAUUGUAAUGAUUAUUAUUGAUACCCAAGAUGUCAUUUCAGGCAGAUGGUGAUUUUCACAGCAAGUUGUGGUGGACAGACACGGGGAUAUUCUAACUCCGAUGACGGCCAUGACAGCCCCGAUGGCCCUUCCCGUGUGUCAGGGUUGUUACGUUGCAACACCCCACCCCACCUUACCCCUCAUGCCACGAUCACGGACAAUUUCUCGUUCCUCAACCCACCACGAUCUCCUAUCCAACUCCAAUUACAACCGCAGCUGUCCCUCUGAGAUCAAUUGUGAAUAUCCCGUCUUCUCAGUGACGACCUCUGACAAUGGCCGUCGGAACCGUUCUCAUCACUGGGUAAAGCAGGCCUUCCUCGUCUCCCGCCCAAACAAACCGCAGAUUGUGGGGUUUGAAUGGGGGCAAAAAAAUCGCUGUGCUGACGAUAUCCUCAACAACAGCGGCACUGGCUACAUCGGAUCCUUCACGUCCCUCGCACUUCUCGAGCACGGCUACAAUGUGAUUAUUGUUGACAGCUUGUACAAUUCGUCCAAGGUCAGCCUGGACCGCAUCGAGCUGCUGUGCGGCAAGCGGCCCAUCUUCUACCAGGUGGAUGUCACCGAUGAGUCAGCGCUCGAGAAGGUCUUUGAGGCGCAUCCCGAUAUUGACAGUGUUAUCCACUUCGCCGCCUUGAAGGCUGUCGGCGAAUCCUCCGAGAAGCCGCUCGAAUACUACCGCGUAAACGUCAACGGCACCAUCAUCCUCCUGCGCUGCAUGGCUAAAUACUCCGUCCCGAACAUCGUCUUCUCCUCCUCAGCCACAGUCUACGGCGACGCCACAAAAUGGAAGAACAUGAUCCCCAUCCCUGAGAACUGCCCCAUCGGCCCCACCAACCCAUACGGCCGCACCAAGUCCAUGAUCGAGCUUGUUAUCACCGACUACAUAGAUGCGCAGCGCGCCAACGCCAAGAAGGCAGGACAGCCAUAUGAGCAGUACAACGCCGCGCUCCUGCGCUACUUCAACCCAGGUGGCGCCCACCCCAGCGGCCUGAUGGGCGAGGACCCCCUCGGCGACCCAUUUAACCUGCUUCCCAUCCUCGGCCAAGUAGCAACAGGCCAGCGCGAGAAGCUCCUCGUUUUCGGCAAGGACUACGCCUCCCGCGACGGUACCUGCAUCCGCGACUACAUCCACGUCGUCGACCUCGCCAAAGGCCAUCUUGCAGCCUUGAACCACCUCCGUACCACCAACCCCGGCGUCCGCGCCUGGAACCUCGGUUCCGGCCGCGGCUCUACCGUCUUCGAGAUGAUCAAGGCCUUCAGCACCGUCGUAGGCCGUGACCUGAACUACGAAGUCGUAGAUCGCCGUGCAGGUGACGUGCUUGACCUCACGGCUGACCCGAGGCGCGCGAAUGCGGAGUUGGGGUGGAAGACCGAGUUGACGCUGGAGAAUGCGUGUGAGCAUUUGUGGAAGUGGGUUUCGAAUAACCCGAGGGGGUAUAGGCAGUCGCCGCCAGCGGAUCUGUUGGAGGCUGUGAAGGCCGAGAAGAAGGAGUAG